AGUCUGCAGAGUAGCCUAACAAUCACUGUAAACGCUCCCAAUCUUAAAUGACGCUCAUUACAAGAACAUUACACAUAAAUUUGAAAACCUACAUUGAAAAACGCUAUAUGACUAAUCCCUAAUAUCAGCUUAGUGCUGCAGCCUAGCCUUUAAAAACGCACGCGCCUAAACGUUAGGCAAGUUUGUUAUGGGAAACCGACAACCGCAGCAAGCAACCGAAAAUGCAAAUUGUGUGGCUUGUUUCACUAACGACUCGGCGUUAUCUGUUCGGGUGGGGGUUGGGAAAGGCGACCCUGUGCUAUUUUCCCUCUAAAUCGGUUUAUGUUUAACUUGCUCGAACGGAAGAUUAAAUAAAUUACCAUACAGUAUCUUAACGCGCCCACAUAGGUUCCCCGCUUUUGGCUAAACACCGCGGCGAAAAAUUCACUCCAACCGGGAACGCAUUUGACGGCAGCUAACGUUAAGACUACUUGUUUAGGCGCCCCGUGGAGUGGGUUUUACAACUGCUGUUUUAAGUGCUUUUAGACAGUCAUGUGAUUGUAACGUAACCCGACCGGAAAACACCGACGACCAUCGCCGCCAAUGCUGCGUUUGAGAGGAACAGAGCAGCUGCGAGUCCAACGGACAAGUCCCCCGGUAACAAACAACAACACGGCUAACUCAGGGUAGACGCUGCGUAAGAAGGAGGUAGAAUGGCUCUGGCCAAUCACGGUCUGGUCCUGCUGCAGCAGCUGAAUGCUCAGAGGGAGUUUGGCUUCCUGUGCGACUGCACUGUUGCCAUCGGAGACGUCUUCUUCAAAGCGCACAAGGCCGUGCUUGCAGCCUUCUCCAACUACUUCAGGAUGCUGUUCAUCCACCAGGACAGUGACUGCGUGCGGCUGAAGCCGAUGGACAUCCAGCCCGAUAUCUUCAGCUACCUGCUAAACCUGAUGUACACGGGACGGCUGUCGGCGCAGGUGAUCGACCCGGCACGCCUGGAGCAGGGUGUCAAGUUCCUGCACGCGUACCCUCUCCUGCAGGACAUCAGCCCCCAGGCCACGCCCCCACCGCCACCCCCGAGCCACGCCCCCGCCGCAGGCUCCUCCCUCUAUGGCAUUCAGAUCUCUGACCAGCAGGAGGCGCUAGCUGCUCGCCUCUCCUCCCCCGACGGUGGAGUGGGAGGGGCCAGGGUGGGGGUGGAGUCGGAAGCGGAGUUUGAGACCUUCGGCAGCUUCGCGCAGCGCGGCGAGGAGGAUGUGGGGAUGGACACCGCGUACAGCGACGCCCCCUCCUCCUCCUCCACCGUCUCCGCGGUUACGGCCGUCGCCGGCACCAUCCGCCACGUGAAGCCCAGCAUCAUGCAGCACCGCAGCGGAUCCUUCCGGAAACAGCACUCGUGCCACGUGUGUGGCACGCGCUUCGGCCAGCGCUCCGCCCUGCGAGAGCACCUGCUCCUGCACACACAGCAGGCGCUGCUACUCCCUCUGGUGGCUGAUGGCGGUGACGCGCCCAUUCCCAUGUUCCCCGGCGGCGUGGCCACACCUGAGAUGGAGGAGCUGUUCCGCAGCGGCAGCAGCGCCAUGGCAGCGGCGGCCAUCACGGCGGCGUCCUCCGCUCUGGCGUCGGACGGGGAGCAGCCCACCGCGUCGUCGUCCGCCACCAAAGAGUCGCCGCGCCCCGAGAUCCCCAUCUCCAUGUACGCGGCGAUCGGGCAGCCGCAGGCCGACACGCCCCCGCCGUCGGACAUCGCCGACAUCGACAACCUGGAGGGGGCGGCCGACGCGGAGCGGGAAGUGAAGCGGCGGAAGUACGAGUGUUCCACCUGCGGCCGCAAGUUCAUCCAGAAGAGCCACUGGAGGGAGCACAUGUACAUCCACACGGGCAAGCCCUACCGAUGCAGCGCCUGCGGCAAGAGCUUCUGCCGCGCCAACCAGGCAGCACGCCACGUGUGCCUGGGCCAGGCCGACCCCGACAGGUCCGACGCUCGCCAGGUCUCCGAGCUCUGCACCGCCGACGACAGCCAGCUGGAGGCGCUGUUCCUGAGUACCGGCCGCCAGCCCUACAGGUGCAACGUGUGUGACGCCACCUUCUCCAGCCCCCAGCAGGUGCUCAAACACCUGUGCUUCACUCAGGUGCCCUACUCCUCCAACACCCAGCUCGCCAUGACGACGACGGCCGCCGGGGGAGCGGACUUGCACGGCCAGGACGCGGCGGGCCGAGGGGACGAGGGAUCGGACUCGUCCAGCGGCAGUCGGGAUGGCGCUCCCGUACGGACCAUCAAGACCGAGGAGGUGUCGGUGGAGUAGAGUCUGGGCCUUUUAUCUGGUGAUGUUGUUAAUAAAUGAUGGGUCAGUAGUUUAAGCUAUGAUGGUCAAGCCUGGAAAAGAUGGAAAAAAUAGGAUGUGUGUAUGUGCUGGGGCUUUUUUUUCAAUUGCCUAUUGCAUUUUGCUUUUAUUUUGCUUUUUUAUACAUGUUGUGUCAAUAAUUUAUGCACUCGUGAAGAGCAGAACCAGGGAAGUUGAACUAGUAACCAAUUUUGGCCCCUCAGCGAACCAGUGAGUAAGUUCGUCACCAGCGCGUGAUGGCAAGCUGCAGGCUGUGUUUCAGUGCGGGCAGCUGUGCUGAGUUUCAGGGCUGCGUGUGGCUGAGUUCCGUUGCAUCACACAUUGUGGCUUGAGGCCCCCUCGCCUCUUGAGUAACAGUUAAAGACAGAGGAAGGGGAAGUGCAGGGUAGGCCUCUACAGUUUAACCGACCAGAGACUGGUUCGACAAAACCCCUCACACUAAGGUCCUCACUAGAACAAAAAUUUGUUGUUCUAGUGAAAACAUUCUGUUUUAAAUUAUCCUCACUAGAAUGCUAACCCUACUCCUAUAAUGUCCACUAGCAUGCUAACCCUACUCCUAUAAUGUCCACUAGCAUGCUAACCAUACUGCUCCAAACGUGUUUAACUAGCACGCUAACCAUACUGCUGUAAAUGUCCUCACUAGCACGCUAGCCCUAUGACCCCAAAUAUCUGAAGCUAAAACUACUGGUCCGAAUGUCUCUAUCAACAUACUAACGUUACAUCUCAAAUAUGCUAACGUUACAUCUCAAAUAUGUUAACCUUCCGGCUCGUUAUGUUUUCACUAACUACACGGACCUUACAGCUCCAGCGCACUAAAGUUACUGUUCUAAACAUUAGAAACUGUUUGUACUCGGUGUGUCACUGUAAACAAGGCACAUACACUUCCCAUGGUGUCCCUCAAGGUGACAUGCCUGUGGAAGUGCUCAAUCGUUCACUGGUCUUCUUUCUCUCCCUCUCUCUCUCUUUCUCUCACUCACACAAACACACACACACACACACAGUCAUUCACUGGUUUACUUACUCUUGCCUUUUGAAACUUGACAGUAGCAACAUGAGGUUUGCACAUGUCACCCUCAGACCUGCGUCUGCCUCCACUAGGCCAGAGGUCUGGGGAAUUUUAUUGGCUAAUCCUAACCCUAGUCCAGAGGCCUGGAGAACCUAAUUGGUUGAAUCCUGUGCAACUCAAAUGCCGAGGGUUGAGGUGUCAACCAAACUACCAGAUUAAGUUUCUGAAUGCAGAACACAAGCUAGUAUAUAACUUGAUUUAAGAAAUAACAAUCAGUUUCUGAUUGCAAAACACAAGUCACUGUAACAUAAUAUUUGCAGAGCUUAAAAAAGAAGAAUCAGUUUUUUAAGCUUAGCUACACAGUCACUGGUCCCAGUUUGAAGUGGUUAAUGAUCUUAAUAAUCUUUUUAGUUGACACCUAGCGUCAGUAUUUAAAUUCAAUAGAGAAUCCACCUUAAGACAAUGGCUACUGCACAUGACCUACAUUGGUUAUGCUUGACAAAUCAAACAGUUGUUUUAGUCAGUCUUCUGAGCCAGAGCGAGGCGACUGGCUGCUGUCAUGGCGACGGGACUCUGGGUCUCACUAUGGCGACGGGACUCUGGGUGCUGCCAUGGCAACAGGCAAUGUUGUGUUGAUGCUCUACUGGAACCAGAGCAGAAUCAGUGCAGGGACGACUACCUUCUUGUUUUGGUAAACUUGUUUACAACUGUGCCAUUAUUUUUUAAUUAUUAUUUUGGUGUUAUUUUUUAUCAAUCUGUUACUGUGUGUUCCGAUCGCUAUUAUUUUCAGCCAUUGACACAGUGAUAUUCUGAAGCGAGUAUCAACUUUCUGCCAAGAAUAAUGAUUUUGCCUGAACAUGUUAAUGAAGCCCUUAUUUUUGUGUUUUAUACCUUUCUAAUUUUAUAUACAUUGCUAUAUUUACAAAGAAUAUUUUAUAUCUCAAAGGUUGUAUAUUGCUAUUUGCAUUAAAUGUAGAAAAUAAUUGGUUUGUUAGGCUGACUAGGAUGUUUUGGAUGUAUGUAAGUGUGUGUAUGUAUGUGUAUGUUUAUUUGUCUUCCAUGUGUCUCAUAGCCAGUUGUUACGUUGAUGAGAAAGCGGCCGUCAGGCUAGUUGCUGACCUGCUGUUCUGCUUUGGGCUGUGUAAGAGGAGGCUAGUUAGCUGACCUGCUGAAGCGGCCGUCAGGCCAGUUAGCUGACCUGCUGUUCUGCUUUGGGCUGUGUAAGAGGAGGCUAGUUAGCUGACCUGCUGAAGCGGCCGUCAGGCCAGUUAGCUGACCUGCUGUUCUGUAAGAGGAGGGGUGCUGCAUGGUGGGGGGAGGGGCUUAUCUAGCAAAGCCAUGAUGUCAUCUCCCCUGGUCAGGCUGCAUUGGCACAAAAGGCCUGUAGACCAAUCAGGAUUAGGACCAGUUAAGAGCUUCUGACCAAUCAGGAUACUUAGAGCUGCCGAGCAGCUAGAGGUCCUGCACCGCACACACUCAGCUGCAGCGAGAUCUGGUGACCAUACUACUGACGUCACACACACACACACACACACACACACACGCACACCCACUCAGCUGCAGCGAGAUCUGGUGACCAUACUACUGACGUCACACACACACACACACACACACACGCACACCCACUCAGCUGCAGCGAGAUCUGGUGACCAUACUACUGACGUCACACACACACACACACACACCCACUCAGCUGCAGCGAGAUCUGGUGACCAUACUACUGACGUCACACACACACACACGCACACCCACUCAGCUGCAGCGGGUUACCAUGGUGACCAGCGAGAUCUAGUGACUAUACUACUGACGUGACCUUCGGGCGUCUCUGGCCCGCUGGGUAGUUUCGGCCAGUUCGAAGCCAGUCCAGCCUGAAUGAAAAGGUCAAAGGUUAGGCUUAACCCAAAACCCUAACUCUUGGUGGGGGUCCCCAUGAAACGCACAACCCACCCUCCCUUGCCCCCUAUGCCCCCCCCCACCCUCCCAUGCCCCCCCCCCCCUCCCAUGCCCCCCCCCCCCCAAUACCCCGCCCCCUCCCAUGCCCCGCCUCCACAGCCAAGGCAAGUAUCUACUGUGAUCUCGAGGUUCUCAGGAACGUGAGCAUCUCUGGAAAAGUCUCUUUUCUAUGAUGGAGAAUAUUUUACAUGAAGAAUAAACAUGUUUUGCAGUAAUA